AUCCAAAAUUCCAAAUUAUCCCAUGAGUAUGGGAGCUUAUCUUCUCCACCCAACUGUUAAAAUUGAUUAACGGCCAUUCUUGAGAGAGAAAGCAGUGAGGUAGCAAUGGCGAGCCUUGCGCUACUAUCCACUUCCAGCUUAGUCUCCAGGACCAAACCCAGAUUCGUCUUCUCCCACGGUUAUAGAAAUUAUGCAAGUUUGAUUACAAGGACACUGGCGUUUACACCUUCUAGUAGAUUCACUCAAGGGCAGUCUAGUGUCAGACGAGCAAGAGCUACUCGAAUUCUCACCAAAAGAGCAUCAGCUUCUGCACAGUCUUUGACUGAAGAAAUGGUGGAGGAGAAGCCUGUUGAUGACCCAAAUAGUGGGAAUUCUAUAAGACGGAGAUUUCUUGAAUUUUUUGCCGCCCGCAAUCAUAAGGUUCUCCCAAGUGCAUCUCUUGUGCCAGAUGAUCCUACUGUCCUCCUGACAAUUGCGGGAAUGCUCCAAUUCAAGCCCAUAUUUUUGGGGCAGGUUCCUAGACAAGUGCCUCGAGCUACUACUGCUCAAAAGUGCAUUCGUACUAAUGAUGUGGAAAAUGUUGGUCGGACAGCUCGCCAUCACACAAUGUUUAUAAUGUGUGGGAAUUUCAGCUUUGGAGAUUAUUUCAAGAAAGAUGCAAUUGUAUGGGCAUGGGAGCUUUCAACCAAAGAAUUUGGACUUCCAGCAGACAGAUUAUGGGUUAGUGUUUAUAAUGACGAUGAUGAAGCUUUUGCAAUAUGGCAUGAUGAGGUUGGUGUUCCCAUAGAGCGCAUAAAGAGGAUGGGUGAAGAAGACAACUUUUGGUCCAGUGGAGCAACUGGUCCCUGUGGUCCAUGUUCUGAACUUUAUUAUGAUUUCCAUCCUGAAAGAGGUUGCCUGGAUGCUGAUCUAGGGGAUGACACAAGAUUCCUUGAAUUUUACAACUUGGUUUUCAUGCAGUACAACAAAACAGAAGAGGGAUCUCUUGAGCCUCUAAAACAAAAGAAUAUAGAUACUGGUCUUGGUCUAGAAAGGUUGGCUUGUAUACUUCAGAAGGUUCCAAAUAAUUAUGAAACAGACUUUAUAUAUCCAAUAAUAGAGGAGGCUUCAAAAUUGGCGAAUGUUUCCUAUGCUGUCGCUGAUGAGUCCACGAAGACAAAACUUAAAAUAAUUGGGGAUCAUAUGCGUGCUGUUGUGUAUCUUAUAUCAGAUGGUGUUAUGCCAUCAAAUAUCGGAAGAGGUUAUGUAGUACGCCGUCUUAUUAGGAGGACUGUUCGUACAGGAAGGUUGCUUGGCAUCAAAGGUGAUGGAAAAGGAAAUCUAGAAGGGGCAUUUUUGCCAGUUAUAGCGCAGAAAGUAAUAGAACUAAGCAAUGAAAUAGACCCAGAUGUGAGGGACCAGGCUCCUCGUAUUCUUGAGGAGUUGAGAAGGGAAGAACUACGAUUUGUACAGACAUUAGAAAGAGGAGAAAAAUUACUUGACCAGAUGUUAAAAGAAGCAUUAUCAAGUGGCAGUGAAAAUGGUUGUACGCCUUGUUUAUCUGGGAAAGAUGCAUUUCUUUUAUAUGAUACUUAUGGAUUUCCUGUGGAGCUAACUGUAGAAGUUGCAGAAGAGCUUGGGGUCCAAGUAGAUAUGAACGAAUUUGAUGUUGAAAUGGAAAACCAAAGGCAACAAUCACAGGCUGCUCAUAAUGCUGUUAAACUUGCAGUUGGAAAUGAUGCAGAUCUAGCAGAAACUAUUCCAGAGACUGAAUUUCUUGGAUAUGAGACCCUUUUUGCGAGGGCUGUGGUGGAAGGCUUGUUGGUGAACGGAAGGCCAGUAAAGCAGGUUAAUGAAGGAAAUGAAGUUGAAGUCUUGCUGAAUAAAACUCCGUUCUAUGCUGAAUCAGGUGGCCAAAUAGGAGACAACGGGUUUCUCUGUGUCAGCCGUGCUGAUAGUCAACUAAAUGGUGUUGUGCUGGUGAAAGAUGUCCAGAAAAUUUCUGGUAGCAUAUUUGUUCACAGGGGAAUCAUAACAGAGGGUGCUUUAGAGGUUGGUCAACUAGUGGAGGCUACAGUUGAUCCCAAACUCAGGCAGAGGGCUGAGGUUCAUCAUACUGCUACUCAUUUGCUACAAGCUGCACUCAAGAAAGUUGUAGGGCAGGAGACAUCACAAGCUGGUUCUUUGGUGGCCUUUGAUCGUUUAAGGUUUGACUUCAACUUCCAUCGAGCGGUUUCGGACAAUGAAAUUCUUGAAAUUGAAGGUCUUAUCAAUGAAUGGAUUGGAGAUGCUACACUACUUCAAACUAAAGUGAUGGCACUAGAUGAUGCAAAAAGUGCUGGAGCUAUUGCAAUGUUUGGAGAAAAAUAUGGUGAACAGGUACGUGUUGUAGAAGUCCCUGGUGUAUCCUUGGAGCUCUGUGGUGGCACUCAUGUCAGCAAUACAUCUGAAAUACGUGGCUUCAAAAUAAUCUCGGAGCAGGCAGUUGCAUCUGGAAUUCGACGUAUUGAAGCAGUUGCAGGCGAUGCAUUCAUUGAAUACAUCUUAACCAGGGAUAACUAUAUGAAGAAUUUAUGUUCAACUCUCAAAGUUAAAGCAGAAGAAGUUACACCGAGGGUGGAAGCCCUGCUAGAGGAAUUGCGACUGACAAGGAAUGAAGUCUCAGCUGCUCGUGCAAAAGCAGCUGUAUAUAAAGCAUCAGCCAUUCUUGAUAAAGCCUUUACUGUUGGAAACUCAAAGGUUAUCAGGGUAAUAGUCGAGUCUAUGGAUGACACAGAUGCUGAUUCGCUAAAGAGUGCAGCUGAGUUUUUGGUGAGUCAUAUGGAAGAUCCUGCAGCUGUGAUUUUGGGAUCUUCUCCUGGUGAAGGAAAGGUAAGUUUAGUUGCUACAUUUACACCAGGAGUUGUUGCUUUGGGAAUUCAAGCUGGGAAAUUCAUUGGACCUAUAGCCAAGUUUUGCGGUGGUGGUGGUGGCGGAAGGCCAAAUUUCGCACAAGCUGGCGGAAGAAAGCCUGAGAAUUUAUUAGCUGCUCUUGAUAAAGCACGGGUUGAUAUUAUAUCCCUUCUCUCAGAGAAAGCAACCUGAGACAGAAUUAACUCCAUUAUUUUGUUAAUAGGUUUUUUUGGUUAGAAGAAAUUUAUUGGUUGCAUAUAUGUAAAGCACACUUCAUUCAUACUCUUUGACAAGUUCAGGAAAGGAAUUUCCUUCUUUU